GCGGCAACGCGGCGGCGGGCGCGGCCGGGGGCGCCGCUGCCAAGCGGGGCAAGAAAGGCGAGAAGGACGACCUGAUGAAGUUGGUGACGGCCAUUGGGCGCUUGGUGUUGGCACAGGCUCGCGCGGUGGCCGACUUGGCGGCGGUGGUCUACGUGACCUUCAUGAUGCCCCUCUCGCGGGGGCUCCCCGCGGCCAUGCGGGCGGCAGGCAAGAAAUACGAGGAGGGCAGCAAGGCCAUGAAGGAGUCCGGCGCCUCGCAGGAGCACUUCAAGAAGCGAGGCCCUCCGCGCAUUCACGUGUUCCUGGCGGCCUUCCAGUGCGUGGCCAAGCAGGUGUGGGAGAACACGAUCGUUUCGAGCGAGAUGGAGACCAUCGCGGAAGCGGUGCUCUGCUUCAGGCUGAAGCCGCUCCGCAAGGAGGAGGGCGUGGAGCAGCAGCGCCUGGUCAUCACGAACUUCAACAAGGACACGAAGCUGGCACUGGCGCGCCGUCCAUACAUCAUGAAUGUGCUCCAGUACGAGGGCGCGACGGCAGUGCAUGGAUCAGCUCCCAGGGGCCCGCUCGAGCGCGAGAUUGCGAAGAUG